AUGGAUGCAGAGACAGGGAGCAGCGUGGAGAGUGGGAAGACGGCCAACAGAGGCACUCGAAUCGCCCUGGCCGUGUUCGUUGGUGGCACCCUGGUGCUGGGCACGGUCCUCUUUCUAGUGAGUCAAGGUUUCUUAAGCCUCCAAGCUAAGCCGGAGUACUGCCUGAAGCCAGAAUGCAUCGAAGCUGCUGCUUCCAUCUUGAGUAAAGUAAAUCUGUCUGUGGACCCUUGUGAUAAUUUCUUCCGGUUUGCUUGUGAUGGCUGGAUAAACAGUAAUCCAAUUCCUGAAGAUAUGCCAAGCUAUGGGAUUUAUCCUUGGCUGAGACGUAAUGUCGACCUCAAGUUGAAGGCACUUUUGGAGAAAUCAAUCAGUAGAAGGCGGGACACCGAAGCCAUACAGAAAGCCAAAAUCCUUUAUUCAUCUUGCAUGAAUGAGAAAGCAAUCGAAAAAGCGGAUGCCAAGCCAUUGUUACAUAUCCUGCGGCACUCACCUUUCCGCUGGCCUGUGCUCGAAUCUAAUAUCGGUCCUGAAGGGGUUUGGUCAGAGAGAAAGUUCAGCCUUCUUCAGACACUUGCGACGUUUCGUGGCCAGUACAGCAAUUCUGUGUUCAUUCGUUUGUAUGUGUCCUCUGAUGACAAGGUGUCCAACGAACACGUCUUGAAGCUGGACCAAGCAGCGCUCUCCCUAGCCGUGAGGGAAGACUACCUUGAUAAUAGCACAGAAGCCAAGUCUUAUCGGGAUGCCCUUUACAAGUUCAUGGUGGAUACUGCCGUGCUUUUGGGAGCUAAUAGCUCCCGAGCAGAGCAUGAUAUGAAGUCGGUGCUUAGGUUGGAAAUUAAGAUAGCUGAGAUAAUGAUUCCACAUGAAAACCGAACCAGUGAGGCCAUGUACAACAAAAUGAACAUUUCCCAACUGAGUGCUAUGAUUCCCCAGUUUGACUGGCUGGACUUCAUCAAGAAGGUCAUCGAUGUCAGACUCUACCCCGAACUGAAAGACAUUGGCCCCUCAGAGAAUGUGGUGGUCCGUGUCCCUCAGUACUUCAAGGAUUUGUUUAGGAUAUUAGGCUCUGAGAGGAAGAAGACAGUUGCCAACUAUUUGGUGUGGAGGAUGGUUUAUUCCAGAAUUCCAAACCUAAGCAGGCGCUUUCAGUAUAGGUGGCUGGAAUUCUCACGGGUAAUCCAGGGUACCACAACUUUGUUGCCUCAGUGGGACAAAUGUGUCAACUUUAUUGAAAGUACCCUCCCUUAUGUUGUUGGAAAAAUGUUUGUGGAUGUACACUUCCAGGAAGACAAGAAGGAGGUGAUGGAGGAAUUGAUUGAGGGUGUUCGAUGGGCCUUUAUUGACAUGCUGGAGAAAGAAAAUGAGUGGAUGGAUGCAGGGACAAAAAGGAAAGCCAAAGAAAAGGCAAGAGCUGUUUUGGCAAAAGUUGGCUAUCCUGAAUUUAUAAUGAAUGAUACUCAUGUUAAUGAAGACCUCAAGGCAAUCAAGUUUUCAGAAUCUGACUACUUCGGCAACGUCCUGCAAACCCGCAAGUAUUUAGCACAGACUGAUUUCUUCUGGCUGAGAAAAGCUGUUCCAAAAACAGAGUGGUUUACGAAUCCAACGACUGUCAAUGCCUUCUACAGUGCAUCCACCAACCAGAUCCGAUUUCCAGCAGGAGAGCUCCAGAAGCCUUUCUUUUGGGGAACAGAAUAUCCUCGAUCUCUGAGUUAUGGCGCUAUAGGAGUAAUUGUUGGACAUGAAUUUACACAUGGAUUUGAUAAUAAUGGUAGAAAAUAUGAUAAAAAUGGAAACCUGGAUCCUUGGUGGUCUGUUGACUCAGAAGAAAAGUUUAAGGAAAAAACAAAGUGCAUGAUUAGCCAGUAUAGCAACUAUUAUUGGAAGAAAGCUGGCUUAAAUGUGAAGGGGAAGAGGACCCUGGGAGAAAAUAUUGCUGAUAAUGGAGGUCUGCGACAAGCUUUUAGGGCUUACAGGAAAUGGAUAAAUGACCAAAGGCAGGGGGUUGAGGAGCCUCUCCUACCCGGCAUUGAAUUCACGAACAACCAGCUUUUCUUCCUGAGUUAUGCUCAAGUGAGGUGCAAUUCCUACAGACCAGAAGCUGCCCGAGAACAAAUCCAAGUUGGUGCUCACAGCCCCCCUCAGUUUAGGGUCAAUGGUGCAGUUAGCAACUUUGAAGAAUUCCAGAAGGCUUUUAACUGUCCAUCCAAUUCCACGAUGAACAGAGGCACGGACUCCUGCCGACUCUGGUAGCUGGACUGUUGGUUUAUGCCAUCCUGAGAGAGUUGUGCCGUGCUCAUCACCUACUGCUUUAGGCCUGUGUUCCCCUGAGGAUGUUUACUUUUGACGCAUCUUCAUUACUUGGGUAUUGCUUAGAUCUAAACAGUAUCUAUUCAGAGUUGUAAGGCUUAAAAAAAUGGAAUAUAAAAAAUCGAAUCAAGUAUGUUUCUUUAGAAAACCAAACCAACAAAAAUAAGUCCCUAGGCUGCUUUUGUUAAAAUGCUGUCUGCUGAAUUGUUGCUGUUGUCCAUUUUAGUGUGUAAGCCACAGCUAAGUGGUCCGUAUCAUUUUAAUCUACAGCUUUGCAGGGGCCCUAAGUAGAACGUAUCCAGAAGAAAAUUCAGCCUAUUACACUUGCAACCCUCAGUGAUGUGGACAUGUGCGAGGAUACCCGGGAGGUCUUUCUGCACUGUGGAGCGCACUGUGAGAUUUCACACAUCGUCAUUACGUAGCAUUGAUUAACUCUAAGGUAGUUAGAUUAGAAAUAUGUUGAAUCCUCAUUUUACAAUAUUUGAUGAAGUUCUUGCCUUCAGCUUUGGAGUCUCUUGGCAUGGAAACAUGCCUCACGGCUUGUAUCUGGUGUAGCUUAUUGCCCUGUUCAAGUCAGCAUGAGCAAAGCUGGCAGAAAGGCUGCUUGGUAAAGGUUUGAGUUCAUCAAAUAGAAAGACAAGGUUGUAUCUGUAAGUCCCAGAAGAAGCCAAAACGCCUAGUCACGCAACAGCGGGGACACUAAGAAAUGACAUCUCCAAAAUUUGAUCUAGUCUGCCCACACCUUGGCGAUUAUGUCGUCUGCUGGAUACUUCUCUUCAGUCCAAUUCCUGGUGGUCUUGUUAUCUUCAUAUAUGUGCAUUCUCCUGUUUCUGAAAUGAGUAGGCAUCGAGAAAAUGAUUUUCUAAUUCCCCAUUAGGAAUGUAUGGCUUUCCUUCCCCUUUAGUGCAAAGGGACAAACCCCACAUUGAGGAGGGCGCGAAGUGGCUCAGUUCAAGUUACCUCUCUUUUAAAAAACCUUUUUGAAAAAUUUCUUGAUUAAAGACAUUUUAGAAUCUGUUGAUUGAAUUGAAAACUCCCUUCAUAGUCCAA